AUGUCGACAUUUACACAUAGCCUACGGCAACUACGGUGCCACGGCAAGGCUUUCCGAGCACCAUGGCCUCAACCAGCCUCGCAACGUUCGACUUUUCCCCUCGCUGUGCGAUGCAUCACCACCGAAACAUCAACAACAGUCGUCGGACCCAAGCCCGAUGAAUUCUCCGUGAUAGACUCCAAGACCAAAAUCUCGCUUCCUUUCCAGGGCGUUGAGCAUGCGCGAGCCGUUCCGUUUUCGGCCUCGUACUUCUCACGAGAGCCGCAAUUCAACGAAAUGUACCUCCGAGUCGCUCGUCUUCUUACCAAAUACCACGCCCUCCCAACUUUACCCCCGAGUGCCGCUCCCCCAACAGCUUGGGUCAAGCUCCAGGAAAUGCGUUCGAAGCUUGGUGAACCGAUUAAAGCCUCCCACUACGCCAAGGUUAUCCGAGUUGCCAAGCGUCUGAACCUCAUCGAGCCCUCACUUUUCCCCCAGGAGGUUCAGGUGGCUCUUGAUGAGUUCAAGCGAGACAUCAACCCUUUUAUGAACGUACCUCACGAGGUGACAAUCGAUAAGUACGGCCGGGCUGUCGGUGUUGGCAAGCGAAAGGAAUCUACGGCUCGGGCUUGGGUUGUGGAAGGUACGGGAGAGGUCUUGAUCAACGGGAAAACCCUUAGCCAGGCUUUUGGCCGUAUUCAUGAUCGCGAGAGCGCGGUGUGGGCUCUGCAGGCCACUGAGCGGUUAGACAAAUACAAUGUCUGGGCGUUGGUGGAAGGCGGUGGAACAACCGGUCAAGCCGAAGCCCUUACGUUGGCGGUUGCCAAAGCUUUGAUCGUUCACGAGCCUGCGCUCAAGACUGCUCUUCGAAAAGCUGGCUGUAUUACGAGAGAUCCAAGAACUGUGGAGAGAAAGAAGCACGGCCAUGUCAAGGCUCGCAAGAUGCCUGCCUGGGUCAAGCGAUAA